AUGGAUGAUGCUUUAGUAGUACGCUUAAGUGUUUGGUGUGAAGGUCAUCUAUUGAUUUGGCUUCCAGAGCUGCCUAAUCCUGUCGAUAUUUGGCGUGCACGUCUUCAAAGGCAGCAUUUGUCAGCAUCGAUCAAAAUAUUAGAGGCAGUACAAUAUCUUAUUGCUCUACAACAUUCUUCUCGCAUGAUCAAUCAUAAAGAGCUAUUGAUGACAUCUUUAGCCCGUUUGGUCGAAUCUAAAAUGUCUCAAUUGAUUCUAAAUUCACAAAAGGAUUUACACGCUGCUCAAGCAAUGGAAUUAUUGACAGUAUUUCCAAUUGCUACUAGCUUUUUGACCUAA